AUGGAGAGCCUUUCUUCCCUCAUUACGCCGGCAGUGCUCAAACAAAUGGCAUACGCUAGGGUUCCCUACCCAAAAGACAAGCCAAUUGACUUCAAUACGGCGGGAGAGGAGAUAUUCAACGACGAAUACUUGGUGAACAACACCCGCGAUAUUGUAUGGCCUGUUCUUGUCGCCCUGAGUAAGCUUGGUCUAUCCAACGUGCCCGACCUGUUCUCGUUCCUCCCCGCGCCCGCGGAUCCAGAGUUUCCGCAGCAAUGCUUUGGCCUCGUGGUUCUUCUCGAUCAAGGCCCGCGUUUAUUUUGCAACGGAAUCGACGCUCGAUGGGUUGGCUAUUUUGAUAAACUAUCGGAACGCCUGAACGAUGCAUGGCGUGCUUUACCAGCUCAUCAGCGACCAGAUUCAUGGGCUCGCUGGCGCGAUGAAGUGGGCGCAGGCAUCGAUCACUGGGCUGUAGCUCGACUCUUUUUCACAGCACCUCUGGCCCACGGCGAAGUGCUUGCCUACCAGGAGAUUGCUGUGAACUCGAACGAGCAUCUCCGGGAACUCAUCGAGACUCAUACUGGCGAAAAAGAUUCCAACCGCGCCAAACGAGAGGAGCUCUUGAGCGACCCUCUUGGAUUCUUCAAGAAUCUGGCUGCUGGGCCUCCGAAAGGCGGAGACAUCACAUUGCAGAGAUGGACAUUCUGGCUCAUGAUGAUGAUGGAUUCACACUAUCCGAUCAUUAAAAAGUUUGGACGGAAGCCUUAUAAGAACGCAAUUGAAGGGAGGGACAGCACGGCAGAGGAGGUCAAGUGGCUAGAGGAGGUCAAUCAUGCCGGAGAAGCUUCCCCCGAGGUUGCGAAACUUGUUAGAGAAGACAUUGAAGCCGGUAGAUGGACCCCGUUGGGCGAUCAUCCUCGGGAUGCUUAG